CACAGUCUCUAGCCUCAUCCUCUCGUACCACACACACAACACUCAUCUCAAAAUGAAAUCCGUGAUCGCAAUUGCUCUGCUGGUGUGCGCGGCGGCCGCCCUGCCUGUCGACCCCAAGGGAGCGGAGACCACAUCCCAGAACUUCGAUAACAUCGGAACCGGCCCCUUCGCCUUCAGUUUCCAGACAAGCGACGGCAAGUCAGUGUCCGCCGAAGGUCAGCUGAAGAACCUGGGUACCGAAGGCGAGGCCAUCGAGGUCCGCGGCCAGUACUCCUACAUCGGCGACGACGGUGUCACCUACACCAUCACCUACAUCGCCAAUGAACUCGGCUUCCAGCCCCAGGGCGCCCACAUCCCCUAAACCUGACGACCCUUGCACGUAUUAGCGCCUCAGCGCCUCCCAGCUCGCAGCUAACACCAGCCUCACUGCCGACUGACCACCAACACAGUCGCUUGUAUAUAGAGUGAUGAUUUAAUAUAAGUUAUUCGUUAUUAAUAA